AGCUCAUUCCUGUCCCAGAAUUUUUUGGUUUAUACAUAUAGUGAAACGGGAUCUUUGCAAUCUGAGUCUUCAUAUGUUAUGAUGCAUUGCCAUUACCAAGGAUAUGUUGCAGAAUCUCCACAUUCUGUUGUGACACUCAGUGUCUGCUCUGGCCUCAGAGGAUUUCUGCAGUUUGAAAAUAUCAGCUAUGGAAUUGAACCACUGGAAUCUUCAGCAAGAUUUGAGCAUAUAAUUUACCAAGUGAAAAAUGGCAAUCCAGAUGUACUGACCUUCGCAGAUAAUUACAGCCAUAUUCAGCAGAAAGACCAGCUCUACAAAUUUCAUUUAAGCUCACAGGAAAAAUUUAUUUCAAAACUAUUACCCCAAUAUUUAGAAAUGCACAUCGUAGUGGAAAAAGCUUUGUAUGAUUAUAUGGGAUCUGAAAUAAUGGCUGUAACACAGAAAAUCGUCCAGAUUAUUGGGCUUGUCAACACUAUGUUUACCCAGUUCAAAUUGACUGUUAUGCUGUCUUCCUUGGAAUUGUGGUCACAUAAAAACCAAAUUUCUACCAGUGGGGAUGCUGAUGACAUAUUACAAAGAUUUUUAGCAUGGAAACAAAACUAUCUUAUCCUACAGCCCCAUGACAUAUCUCAUUUACUUAUUUACAGGAAACAUCCUAAAUAUAUGGGAGCAACAUUUCCUGGAACAAUAUGCAAUAAAAACUAUGAUGCAGGUGUUGCUAUGUAUCCAGAUGCUAUAAGUUUGGAGGGAUUUUCAGUUAUUAUAGCUCAGCUGCUUGGAUUUAAUAUAGGAUUAACAUAUGAUGACACCAAUAAUUGUUCUUGCCCAAGAGCUACAUGCGUAAUGAAUCAAGAAGCAGUGGAACUUUUCAAGAUAUAACAGACAUAUUGGUGACAACUGAUUCCCCAAACCAAGGAACAAAGAAGUGGUAAGCAUGAAGUCCAAGGAAGUGACUCUGUCCUACUGAAUACUCCUAAUUUCCAGUGUGGUACAUGGGAGAGCAAUACAUGUAUGCUGAAUUAAGAAAUGGAUGAAGAAGAGAAGGUACAUACAGUGCAUGGCAAUGCAGCAGAGAGUAAGUACGGAUGCAUUUUGGGAAAAGAAGUCAUGUGUCUUGAGAUGGGUGAAG